AUGCCAAUUUCUGUGGUUUUAGGCUCCCAAUGGGGGGAUGAAGGUAAAGGGAAGCUCGUUGAUCUUCUCUGUGAUGACAUCGACGUCUGUGCCAGAUGUCAAGGUGGUAACAAUGCUGGACACACCAUCGUUGUCGACGGUAAGAAGUACGACUUCCACAUGUUGCCUUCUGGUCUCAUCAACCCAAACUGCAAGAACUUGAUUGGUUCCGGGGUUGUCGUCCACGUCCCUUCCUUUUUUGCCGAGUUGGAAAAGAUCAAGAACCAAGGGGUUAAUGUCGAUGGCCGUUUAUUUGUUUCCUCUAGAGCUCAUCUUGUCUUUGAUUUCCAUCAAAUCACUGACAAGCUCAGAGAAUCCGAGUUGUCCAAUGCCCCAAAGAAGGCUAAGAUCGGUACCACCGGUAAAGGUAUUGGUCCAACCUACGCCACCAAGGCCUCCAGAUCCGGUAUCCGUGUCCACCACUUGGUCAACGACGAACCUGGUGCCUGGGAAGAAUUUGAAACUCGUUUCAACAGACUUGUGGAAUCAAGAAAGAAGAGAUAUGGUGACUUUGACUACGAUGGUGCUGCCGAAUUGGCUCGCUACAAGCAAUACAAGGAAGAAUUGAAGCCUUUUGUCGUUGAUUCUGUCCCAUUCAUCCAUGAAGCCAUUGCCCAAGACAAGAAGAUUCUUGUUGAAGGUGCCAAUGCCUUGUUGUUAGAUAUCGAUUUCGGUACUUUCCCAUUCGUGACUUCCUCCAACACCGGGAUUGGCGGGGUGUUGACCGGUUUGGGGAUUCCUCCACAGUCUAUUGACGAAAUCUUUGGGGUUGUUAAGGCUUAUACCACCAGAGUUGGUGAAGGUCCUUUCCCAGCCGAACAACUCAACGAGAUUGGUCAAGCUUUACAAAAAAUUGGUGCUGAAGUUGGUGUCACCACUGGUAGACCAAGACGUUGUGGUUGGUUGGACUUGGUUAUUCUCAAGUACUCCACCCGUAUCAAUGGUUACACUUUAUUGAACUUGACCAAACUUGAUGUCUUGGAUACUUUUGAAGAAAUCAAGGUUGCUGUUGCUUACAAGUACACUCCACCUGGUGCCACUGAAGCCGUGGUUUUGGACUCUUUCCCAGCUGACUUGAAGGUUUUGAGCAAGGUUGAAGUUGUCUAUGAAACUUUCCCAGGCUGGAAACAAGAUAUCAGUAAGAUCACCAAGUACGAGGACUUACCAGAGAACUGCCAAAAGUAUAUUGAAUACAUUGAAAAGUAUUUGGGUGUUCCAAUCAAGUGGAUUGGUACUGGUCCAGGUAGAGAUUCUACUAUCAUCAAGGCUUGA